AUGGCGAGAACCAAGAAACGCGCGCGAGCGGAUCCCGAAUUGUCGCAGUCUCAGCCGCAGCUUCACACCAAGCGACAGAGGGGACCGAACGCCAUGGCAGCGCAAGCAAAAGAGGAGGCCGACGACACUACUGCGGCAGACGAUGUGCGAUAUAUGAGAACGCAGCCAAAGGCCCAAGCACCUAUCGAAAGCUCCCGAGCCAAGUCCUUCCCCAGUCAGACAUCCGAAAUCAUUGACUUGACGCUGAGCGACGAGCUCGACGAUGUGUUCCCCACAUAUUCGUCUAGGUCAAAAGCUCUCCAGGAUCAGGCCGAAGAGCAGCGCCACUCAAAGUACGCUCUACAGAACAAGAUGACCGGAAAACUUGGCGAGCGCCCUCUAGGUCAAUCCAGCGGCGGGCAGGGUACUGAAAUCGGCGAAGAACGAUGGGCCCUUCCUUUAAAGCCCCCACUCCCUGCAGAUCUUCUUGCCCAGCGCCAACAAAAGAAACAGGAGAGGAAGAGGCAGAGGAAGGAGGCGGCCAUUAACGUCAUAAACGCCCAACGCUCCUAUGCGCCGGUCAUGUUCACCCUUUCAGAGGCAGUAGCCUUUCUCUGGCAACCCCAGCUAGCGAUCACCUACGAUCUUCCGACUGGCGACUAUGUACCUUAUCCCGUUCAUAGGUCAUACCACUUGGGCGGUAUGGGUCGGUACGGAGAUACUCGUGUUGCUAUGCAUACAAGUCUGCCCUAUCGUCCUUCCGGCGCUGGUGGACGCGACCCUCGUGCGGAUGACCGUAGGUCAGACCGAACGGAGGCUCACGGUCGCUCCGCUUGA